AUGUCCAACGACAAAAAACCGAAGAAUAAAAUGAUAACUUCCCAAGAAUGCAUGCAGCUGAAAAGAGAUCUGGAGUCCGCCGAUAGUCACGAUGAGUUCGAAGUUAGUCCCAUGAUCCUGUGUCUGAUGUUAACCUUUCUGCUUUUUGUGAGGUUUUGGAUAUGGCUGAUAUCGAGAAGCUGCCUCUUUGCCCAACCCGAGGAAGUUGAGAAAAAAGACGAGGCAAGACAACGUUUUUCCGGGGGUUCAACUCCGAGUUCCAAAUCCCCAAAUGUUCGUUUUUUUGAUGGACCUACUCACAACAAAGCUUCUUCGACUAGCAGACUCCAAAAAGGCAGCUCCAAUAUCUCGCCAAGAAUCAACAUGACCCCGCAUUUUGGAAAAGUAGUCCCAUGGGCGUUUGUCGUGAUAUUUCUUACGAAGAUGGCAACCAAGGCAUUAUGCCCCCGAAUUUGGGAGGGAAGCUCUUCGCCCAAAAGGAAGUACACUAUAAAGUGGGCCAAUUUAAUGAGGCGCGGUCGAAAGAAUCUCUCCGAAACUUAAGUCCUCAGUAAAUUUAUAUUCAUUGGUAAA